AACGUCAAGAUCGGAACGUUUUUAUUUUUAGCUGCUGUCGUAAAUCCGAAAAUAACAAAUGUCUGUGUGAUGUGAGGCAGGAAAAUGAUUUUUUGCUUCGAUUUCGAAUCUAAUUUCAUUUUUGGAGGAAUAAAGUUGUGUUUUUUUUUCUCUAAGUUUUGAAAGGUUUACUGCGCACUUCAUAGCGUAAGGAAUUGAAGUUGAAGAAAGGAAAUUUUCCAUCUAUUUUAUCUUAACUGCAGUUCAACCACGUUCUUUGUCAUCGGUGGAUGAAUUGAAUUCAUCUAUGGUGGACAAAUUGAAAGAGUUUGAAAUCAUCGGCAUCAAUUAAUUGACGAAAAAUCAAAAUGAAUCAUACAACAGAGGAAAUAAAAGCAUUGACAUCGAAAUCAGAAGAUCAACAAAGCAACGGAUCGGCAAUUACUCGUCCUUCAAAUAAAGAAUCUUCUCCAAAAAUCUUCAAAUUAACUAUUGAUUGCUUCGAUGAAAUAUUCGAGUAUUUAUCACUCAAAGACUUGCAUUCGUUUGGUCAAACGUGCAAGACGAUGCAAAAGGUGGCCGGAGAGUAUUUUAAGCAAAAUUAUUCGGCGGCUGAAAAAUUCUGUGCAAAGGAUGGAAUAUACACGAUUUAUUCUGACAGUGAAAGUGUGAUCGAUGAACGUAUUUGGAUAUCGUAUUUCAAUCAGUCUAUGCCUUGCAUAUCUCAUCAUUUUGAGCGACUUGAUCCGCUUCGGUAUCUUCGAUCUCACAUCGAUGAAUUCAAGUCCAUCAAGCACAUUUGUUUUGUAAGUUUAAAUUUGAAUCGCGAAAAAGUCCAAUUCAUCCAGAAAAUAUUGCCAAAAAUCGAAGUAGUGCAAAUAAAAAAUGGUCAUGCAACCGGAAAUUUGCAUGAACUGAUGCUAAAAUAUUGUGACAAUUUGAAGAAAAUUUAUGUGCAAAAUUCCGACUCCAGUUUCAAUGGCAAGUUUGAGUGGCUAUUGGCCGAUUAUCCACACCUGAGCCACUUGGAAUUGAUACCCAAUCACUUGCAUGUCAUAGAAGAAUUGAGUGAAUUCUUCACACGCAAUCCAAAAGUUCAACGCUUUUCGACCAGCGGAGUUUUUCUAUGGGCAAACAGAAAUGAAUUGGUAAAAACGAAGGCAAAACUGAAUAUUUUGGAGAUUAAAUCGAAUCAUUUCUUGGGAUAUGGUGAUUCAAUUUGGGAUCUACUGAAACAACUCCAUUCGCAAGGUUUUUAUAAACGAUUAUUUCUUUAUACCGAUGGCGUUAACCAAGAUCUCAGCAUUAAGUUGGCAUCGCUUCCGAACCUUGAAACGUUGUGCGUUCGAUGGUUCAGCGGAAAUUAUAAUCUAACCUGUUUGACCAAUUUGAAAGAGCUCAUACUUUUGGAUGGAUUAAAUGUAGCCGAUGCCGAAAUUCUGGCCAAUGGUCUGGUGAAACUGGAACGACUUUACGUUGACAAAGCUACAGUUGAAGACAUUUUGCCAUUUAUUCGUCAAUCAGCCAAACUGAACAAACUUAAAAUGCUUCCCAAAGAUGAGAAAGAUUCCGAAGAAGAUGCAACUCCAAUUUAUUACAACUAUUAUGACUACUAUAAUGACGAGGACAGCGAUGAUGAGAGUGAAAAUGACGAACAAGAGAAGAUUCAUGCAGGAGGUGAAGGAAAAAGUGGAGAUAAAGUUGAAAAUCAGGUCGAAAACAAAAAUGACAGUGAAAUUCGUGAUGAAAAUCGAAUUCAUAACGGGGAUUGUUUCUCCGCUGAAGAAAAACCAUCAAAUGAUGAUAAUGACGGCGAUAACAUUGACCAAAACGAUGGUCCUAAAGCUGAGGCAAACAUGGAAAAUAUCGCGGGAAAUAGCAAUAGUAAAUCGAAUUCCAUUGAUAACUCAAUUGCCCAUAAGAAUCUAGACGAUGGUCAAGAUGACGGUCAACUCAAUAGUUUUUCUAAUGGAAGAGUUCUCAAUCUGGUUGCAUUGAACAAGGAACGUGGAAAAUUGCCGAAUGCACGAAAGGUGACAAUUUAUGUUCGGGACGAUGUGUUUUUAGCCACAAAAUGGGCAACCAAAAACGGUGAUACCCACUUGAAAUACAUCGAAAUGAAGCGUUCUGACUCAUACGAAUGGAAUCAUCAUUAUUGAAUGCAAUAAAUGUUAGGAUCAAAGUAUUUUUUGAAUCGACAGAAACAAA